GACGACCAAGCUCGGCAUAUCUCUCUGCUGCGCCGCCUGUAGACAUUGCAAUAUAGAUCUAGCCUUGCGAAUUCUUCUGGAUCUCCUCAAGAGCGUUGUAGUAGAUUUGCUGCCUAGCACCUGACCGGUCACGCUCACACCGCGACCUUCGUCAUCGCCGAAGCUUCGACCGCCUAUCAAUCGCGCCGUCCCUCGGCCGUACGCCUCACCAACGCACCCCACAUACACAAUGGCGUCCAGGAAGAAGGUUCUCCUCAAGGUCAUCAUCCUCGGUGACAGCGGUGUCGGCAAGACCAGUCUGAUGAACCAAUAUGUCAACAAGAAGUUCAGCGCGAGCUACAAGGCGACAAUAGGCGCCGACUUCCUCACCAAGGAAGUCAUGGUCGAUGACAGGCUUGUGACGAUGCAGCUCUGGGAUACAGCUGGACAGGAGCGCUUCCAGUCGCUCGGUGUCGCAUUCUACCGCGGCGCCGACUGCUGUGUGCUCGUAUACGACGUCAACAACUCGAAGAGUUUCGACACACUUGACAGCUGGAGAGACGAGUUCCUGGUCCAGGCCAGCCCCAUGGACCCCGAGAGUUUCCCCUUUGUCGUGAUUGGCAACAAGAUCGAUGUCGAGGAGAGUAAAAGGAUGAUCUCGUCGAAGCGCGCCAUGACCUUCUGCCAGUCGAAAGGCGGCAUCCCGUACUUUGAGACCAGCGCCAAGGACGCUAUCAACGUCGAGCAGGCAUUCGAGGUCAUCGCACGACAGGCCCUUGCGCAGGAAGACGUCGGCGACUUCAGCAACGACUUCCCCGAGACCAUCCCCAUCGAUCUGAAGGGCAACGAGGGUGGAUGCGCGUGCUAGUGUGCACGAGGGUGUAGAAAGCAUCGUUCUGGAGACACUUGUAGCCUCACACAGCCUAGUGUCGUUCGGCGGAGUCUGGUGUACGGUGUAUUGCAUGCCUCUGUUGGGGUCUCUUGCUUGGUUGUGGUCACUGGGAGUAUAGCGACUGAUAGUACAUAUUUAAUCACGUGCAGUUGAAGGGUUGCACAGUGCACAUGUUGAA